AUGCAAGAGAUGGAUAUACCAUCACACAUCAUUCGAUGGUCAGCAUCUUUCCUGAAAGGACUCCAAGCCAAGGUACGAGUAAACAGUAAAUCCUCUCCUUUAGUGCUUUUCCACCGUGGCGUGCCACAAGGAACAGUUCUCGGCCCGCUUAUGUUCAUUAUAGCCAUGAACGCACUAAGCAAACGACUAUCCCAAGUUCCCUUAUUAUUUCAUGUUUUUUUCGCCGAUGAUCUCACACCA